CUGCCCGUGGACGCCGCCGAAGAAGCAUCGUUAAAGUCUCUCUUCUCCCUGCCGUCAUGUCUAAGUCAGAGUCUCCUAAAGAGCCGGAACAGCUGAGGAAGCUCUUCAUUGGAGGGUUGAGCUUUGAAACAACGGAUGAGAGCCUGAGGAGCCAUUUUGAGCAAUGGGGAAUGCUCACGGACUGUAUGGUAAUGAGAGAUCCAAACACCAAGCGUUCCAGGGGCUUUGGGUUUGUCACAUAUGCCACUGUGGAGGAGGUGGAUGCAGCUAUGAAUGCAAGGCCACACAAGGUGGACGGAAGAGUUGUGGAACCAAAGAGAGCUGUCUCAAGAGAAGAUUCUCAAAGACCAGGUGCCCACUUAACUGUGAAAAAGAUAUUUGUUGGUGGCAUUAAAGAAGACACUGAAGAACAUCACCUAAGAGAUUAUUUUGAACAGUAUGGGAAAACUGAAGUGAUUGAAAUCAUGACUGACCGAGGCAGUGGCAAGAAAAGGGGCUUUGCCUUUGUAACCUUUGAUGACCAUGACUCCGUGGAUAAGAUUGUCAUUCAGAAAUACCAUACUGUGAAUGGCCACAACUGUGAAGUUAGGAAAGCCCUGUCAAAGCAAGAGAUGGCUAGUGCUUCAUCCAGCCAAAGAGGUCAAAGUGGUUCUGGAAACUUUGGUGGUGGUCGUGGAGGUGGUUUCGGUGGGAAUGACAACUUCGGUCGUGGAGGAAACUUCAGUGGUCGUGGUGGCUUUGGUGGCAGCCGUGGUGGUGGUGGAUAUGGUGGCAGUGGGGAUGGCUAUAAUGGAUUUGGUAAUGAUGGAAGCAAUUUUGGAGGUGGUGGAAGCUACAAUGAUUUUGGCAAUUACAACAAUCAGUCUUCAAAUUUUGGACCCAUGAAGGGAGGAAAUUUUGGAGGCAGAAGCUCUGGCCCCUAUGGCGGUGGAGGCCAAUACUUUGCAAAACCACGAAACCAAGGUGGCUAUGGCGGUUCCAGCAGCAGCAGUAGCUAUGGCAGUGGCAGAAGAUUUUAAUUAGGAAACAAAGCUUAGCAGGAGAGGAGAGCCAGAGAAGUGACAGGGAAGCUACAGGUUACAACAGAUUUGUGAACUCAGCCAAGCACAGUGGUGGCAGGGCCUAGCUGCUACAAAGAAGACAUGUUUUAGACAAAUACUCAUGUGUAUGGGCAAAAAACUCGAGGACUGUAUUUGUGACUAAUUGUAUAACAGGUUAUUUUAGUUUCUGUUCUGUGGAAAGUGUAAAGCAUUCCAACAAAGGGUUUUAAUGUAGAUUUUUUUUUUUUUUGCACCCAUCCUGUUGAUUGCUAAAUGUAAUAGUCUGAUUGUGACGCUGAAUAAAUGUCUUUUU